AUGGAGGACUAUUUCAGACGUAAAGAUGCUAAAAUGUCCUCUGUUAAGUGCUUAAGACAGUUUGUCAACGAGCGACUGACCGCGGCGGCUGACGAAAUCGUCCAGGUGUUCGAGAAAACCAUCGUCCAUUACGAGAAUGAGAUCAACCGUCAACGCAGACUGCUGACCAUUAUCUGGGAGCCUCAAGUGCACUUACACAGGACAGAACUCCCACAACAUUUGUUCAAGGCAAAGGAGGGUCAAACCAAACAGCAGCACUCUAGCCAGGUGGCGGACUCAAUUUUAGACCAGAGGGACUCUGAGUCUAAACAGGUGAAAGAGGAACACGGGGCGGUUUGCUCCACCCAGGACAAAGAGCAGGUUGUACUCAAACAAGAGACUGAUUGCUUUAUGCUGACUCUUGCAUGUGGCAAAGAGCAAUAUUUAUUGAAGGAGGAGGACAUCCUCGCCGAACAGCAGUUCAGCAACCAGGAGAGGAACUGCGCUUUGGACCAAACGGACUUUGAGACUCCAGAGAUUAAAGAAGAACAGGAGGCCCUCUGCACUGGUCAGGACCAAGAGUGGUGCGGGUUGGAACAGGAGAGGGAUGCGCUUGUGCUGACUUUUCCCUACAGCAGAGGGGACCAGAGCGGAGCCCAGGCUCUCAACAUGAGUCCUGGCGUUUGUCAGGCUGUGCUGGGGGAGGGCUCUGAAACGAGGGUCUCACACUGUGACAGAGAUUCAACGAUGUAUCCCGUCCAAAGUAUGCGCAAGUUCGUCUGUGACCGACUGACGGCGGCUGCCCAGGAGAUACUGGGAGCCUUUGAGAAGAGAGUUGAGGACUACGAAACGGAGAUCGUUCGUCAGCGCAGGCUGCUGGACACGGUGUUUGCGUCCGAGACCAAGCUGCACCGGACAGCAUCCUGCAGCAACGAGGACCGGGACCUGCUGAGUCAGCUGCAGCGUGGGAUCGGCGCCCCGGGCUCCAUACCGUUUUCACCCCACACUCUGAGGGUUAAAGAUGAGCAUGAGGAAGUCAGCAUCAGUCAGGAGACCAGCGCUUCCAAGCCGAUUCCGACGAAUGACCCAACCGUGUCCAGAGAUCCGCCCCGCCAAGACCUCGACCCGUCGGCUAAAGACAAUCCUCCAUCGGGCGCUCCAAACACAGGUGGAGAUACUGGCCCUGACAGGGACGCUUCUGCAGUGUCUCCUGCUAACAACGGCUACCAGCUCCUCUCUCAAGGCUUCUGUGAGUCUGAAAACCAAUAUUUCCCAACUUUUCACGAAGAGCAUGUUGAGUCGCUGCAAAACGAGGAAAGUGAAGCGUCCACCUGCAGGUCAGAGUUGACGCAACAGGAGGGACGUAGCGCUGUGCCGGAGCCAAAUGAAGUGAGAGGCGUUGAGGCCAAAGGUGCGGAACAAGGACACGAUGAGAGCACAACUGAGCCAGCCCCGAUCAGGAAGCAAACCAGUGGCAACGUGACCGCAAUGGAAACUGCAUCCUUUGACUCGAUGCCAAACACGGAAUGCGAGGGGCAGCCGAGGGCAACCGAGACGACUGAGGAGCCGAGACCAGCCUCACCUCGUAUGGUCCACCCAGUUACACCUGAUGAAAGCCCACAAUGCUCAUAUAACGCCCUAACACCAAACGAUAUACCAAACUCGGCUGGAAAUGCAGAGCCGGCUUCAUAUCAGGGGGCCCAAAACGUCAGGCCGGAAGAAAAUGGCGACGAUGACACAUCGGUCAUUUACAUUGAGCUGACACCCGUAACUGAAAUUGUUGAGCCAGGACCAGCGCCAAAGAAAAGAAAAGAUAAGAAAAGAAGCAAAGAUAAGAGCAAAGCAUCAGCAACAAACCAGAGAAGUAACGAAGGCAAGGCAAAGACAGGGGAAAUGACAGACUUUAGCGCACACAGGAAGUGGGACGAUGGGGAGAUGACGUCAGAAAGAGCUUUUGGUCCAACAGCAAUGAGCCAGUCCAAAGAUGGAGAAGCAUCAAGUUCAAGUUUUGAGACGGGACUGUAUGAGACAGACCAAGAGGAGAGCUCGGAAUCAGAAGGAUAUAUACCUGCAAGCCCCUACGAUGAUCCAGCAGCUGGCAGCCCUGAGCCAAUCCAAGGUGAGAGUACGAUAUCAAAUGAAAGUACAGAUCAGGCCACAGCUACGAUCGCCCAAGAGGAAUCGAAUGCAUCUUCGAGUUCCAGGCCGGUACAAGAUGAAAUGCACAGCCAUGGGGUCGUGACUUGCCCUGAAAACAUAGAGGCGUCGAGUAAGAAUUUAAGUGAGAAAAUGGCUGACCGCAGCAAGGCAGCGCCAUGGAAGGGAGCCAGAGAUGGGAAAAGGGCAACCUCUGGUUCCAAAGAGAGAAGGAAAUCUCGGGAUCUCAGUCCGACGUCGACGACGGGUAGAAAACGCAGCCGUGAAGAUGCAGCCUCAGGGAGCAAAGAGACGACGUCGCUCCCAGACAAGGCAACGGGAGAUUUAGCAUCAAGUGAGGCCUCUAGUCCAGGGCAUAAGAAGAAGUGCAAGGAUAAGAAGACCAGUGGUACAGAUGAGAGGCACAAGCAACCCGACGAAGGGGAGGCUUCGAACGAAGCCCCGGGCCUGGCGCAACGCCAGAGUGAGCAGAACUCAUCGGACGAGGACGCCGAGGAAGAAGAGAACCCCUUCAAAUGCGACAGGUGCGGGAAGGUGAUGACCAACUUCAAGAACUACAAGUUCCACAUGAAGUCGCACACGGUGGAGAGGACCUUCAAGUGCGACACGUGCGGGAAGAUGUUCCGCGAGAGCUGGGAGCUGAACAAGCACCUGACCGUCCACUCGGAGGUCAAGCCCUUCAAGUGCGACGUCUGCGGCCACGGCUUCAACCGCCGCUACAACCUGGACCUGCACGCCCGGGUGCACACGGGGGAGAAGCCGUACAAGUGCAGCACCUGCAACAAGACCUUCAGCGCCUGCGUGAACAUGAAGAAGCACAUGCGGAUCCACACGGGGGAGAAGCCCUACAAUUGCAAGGUCUGCGGCAAGGAGUUCGCCGACUCCUCCGCCUUCAAGAACCACGUGCGCGUGCACACGGGGGAGAAGCCCUUCAAGUGCACCUACUGCAACCGCAAGUUCACCAUCAACACCACCCUGCGGCGGCACCUCCGGACGCACACGGGCGAGAAGCCCUACCAGUGCAACGUGUGCCACAAGAAGUUCGGCCACCGGACGGACCUCAAAGGCCACAUCCGGACGCACACCGGGGAGAAGCCCUACGAGUGCAACAGCUGCGACCAGUGCUUCUCCACCUGGACAAAGCUCAACAAACACAAGAGCGUCCACUCCAGCGACGUGCAAAGCUCCACCGAUUAA